CUAAGAAAGGAGAAGACAAAUUAUCAGAAUGGCUCAAAAGAAAGAAUUAAACAGCGAGAUGCUAAGCCUGUCGAAAGAGAUGAAGAAUCAGAGUCUAGAAAAAAGUCUGCACAUCAUGAUACCAAGGAGGACAAGAAGGAAGCUGAUAGGGUUCGUAGAACUUAUCCUAAAGAGGGCAAUAACAUGAAAAAAGAGAGCACAAAUAGCAAGGAGGGAGUUGACGCAAGACAUAAUCUUUCAAGUGAUGUAAGCAAACAUAAGAGAAGAUAAUCUUCUUCAAUUAGCAGUAGGGGAAGAAACAGCAAGGAGAACUCAGUCACUCAUGCCCAUGAUUCAAGUGAUGAUGAAUCAGACGAUUCCAAAAGAAAGCUGCAUGCAAGAAGACGUAAUGUAUCACCUUCACCUGUCAAGUCUAGGAGAAGACAAUUGUCGAGGUCACCACAUAGCAAGCAUUCUCAGCGCAGGCAUUCUCCCUACUCUUCUCUUGAGACCAACAGGUAUGUUGUUACGCAGUCUAAUAAGGUUAAGAUUGUGUUAAUGUUUUUGAGACAUGCACAACCAUCAUGGUAAAUCAGGUGAAAGUUCCAAGCCUCUGAAUCUUCGCUUGCAAUGUUCUUGGUUCUAAGUUCACGAGUUUUCAUUACAGGGGAAGGAGGAGGUCAAUAUCCGGAUCACCUAUGCGGCGGAGGAGAUGAUAAGAUAUGUUGGAAGAGUAUUGGUUUUGAAAUGUAAGUAGCUUGGUUAAGAUCAUGUAUGGAUUUCCCUGGAGAUAUCCUCCCCAUGUAGCAGUCCUGCAGAAUCCCAAAAGACUACUAGUUUUACACAGAUAUUCUGUAGUCAGAUGGUGAGUGUUGACUCCUCAUGCAGGUUGUAGCAGGAAGAAUGGCAACGUGCAUAGUUUUCUGCACAAUUCCACAAUGUCGUUUGAGAUGGUAGAUGAAGUAUACUUCCUGAUACACUGUAUCUUCUGAUUGUGGAUGAAUUCGUAUGUCUAUUUUUCUUUUUAGGUGGAUAAGUUAACUUCCAUAGUUGGUAUGGAUGAUUAUAGUUUCUGGAAGAUCUUUCAAAGUAAAAUUGACUCUUCCUUCUUCGAAUGGGUUGCU